AUGAAGGCAAUCGCUGAUGAAAAUGGUGGUUUAUAUUUCCUAGAUGCCCUUGGUGGAACUGGCAAGACAUUCCUUAUGUCAUUAGUUGUAGCAACUGUUCGGGCGAGAUCCAACAUAGCGGUUGCAGUUGCUUCUUCUGGAAUAGCAGCCACAUUGUUAGAAGGAAGCCCAAUGGCCAAAGUUUUAGCGGCAUCGAAAAUCAUCAUCUUGGACGAAUGCACAUUGGCGCAUAAACGUGCAUUAGAAGCACUUAACCGAACAUUAAAAGAUUUACGCAAUGACUCGAGAUGUUUUGGAGGAGCAAUAAUUUUACUGUCUGGCGAUUUCCGCCAAAUACUGCCAGUAAUUCCAAAUACGACUGCCGAUGAAAUAAACGCUUGCCUCAAAUCGUCAAAUCUAUGGCGCUAUGUGAAGAAACUGUAG